CUGGAAAUGGCGAUUUGCCUGAGCACCUAAGCUUAGCUUCAAGAGGCUUGAGAAACACGGCUAUGAACUGCAUCAGCUAAAGAAUUCAACUUUAAAGGCGAUGAAUUUAUCUGGGAAUCCCAAUUCUCGUUCUAGGACCCAGAGCUCUUGGAGAGGUGGGACCGUCCUAGUACGUUUCCGACCUCCGAACGCUGGGGGCGCUGUGAAGUUGAGUAGCCUCUUGCACGCUUAGGAGUUCAUCGCACAAGCGCACUCAGUGCUUUUCGGCGUACCCACGUGUAAACCUUCUCGGCAACUUUUCGGAGUAAAAUGCCCAAGUUUAAGCCGGCCCGUGGGGCCGGGAGUCAAGAAAAGCAUGCACCCCUGGCCGAGCAGAUCUUGGCUGGAGAUGCGGUGCGGGCAGGGGCCCGGGAAAAGCGCCGGGGUCGCGGAACCGAAGAGGAGGAAGAGUACGUGGGGCCGCGGCUCAGCCGGCGGAUUCUACAGCAAGCCCGGCAGCAACAGGAGGAGCUCGAGGCGGAGCACGGGAGUGGGGACCGACCCGCCAGGCCACGGGAUCGCGCCACGCAACUGGGCCCAGGAGCACCACAGGAUGGAUCAGAUGAUGAGGACGAGGAGUGGCCCAGCCUGGAAAAGGCCGCCAAAAUGACAGGGGUGAGCCACCAUGCAGAGGUGGUUGUGGACCCUGAAGAUGAACGUGCCAUUGAAAUGUUCAUGAACAAGAACCCUCCUGCCAGACGCACUCUGGCCGACAUCAUCAUGGAGAAACUAACGGAGAAGCAGACUGAGGUCGAGACGGUCAUGUCAGAGGUGUCAGGCUUCCCUGUGCCACAGCUGGACCCCCGAGUGCUGGGCGUCUACAGAGGCGUCCGGGAGGUGUUAUCUAAGUACCGCAGUGGAAAGCUGCCCAAGGCCUUUAAAAUCAUCCCUGCACUCUCCAACUGGGAACAGAUCCUCUACGUCACGGAGCCUGAAGCCUGGACUGCGGCUGCCAUGUACCAGGCCACCAGGAUCUUCGCCUCUAACCUGAAGGAACGCAUGGCCCAGCGCUUCUACAACCUCGUCCUGCUGCCCCGGGUGCGUGAUGACAUCGCAGAGUACAAACGACUCAACUUCCACCUCUACAUGGCCCUGAAGAAGGCCCUGUUCAAGCCUGGGGCCUGGUUCAAAGGGAUCCUGAUCCCGCUGUGCGAGUCGGGCACUUGUACGCUCCGGGAAGCCAUCAUCGUGGGCAGCAUCAUAACCAAGUGCUCCAUCCCCGUGCUGCACUCCAGUGCCGCCAUGCUGAAGAUCGCCGAGAUGGAGUACAGCGGGGCCAACAGCAUCUUCCUGCGGCUGCUGCUGGAUAAGAAGUACGCGCUGCCCUACAGGGUGCUGGAUGCCCUGGUCUUCCACUUCCUGGGCUUCCGGACAGAGAAGCGGGAGCUGCCCGUGCUCUGGCACCAGUGCCUGCUGACCCUGGCCCAGCGCUACAAAGCUGACUUGGCCUCGGACCAGAAGGAGGCCCUCCUAGAACUGCUCCGGCUGCAGCCCCACCCACAGCUGUCCCCUGAGAUCAGGCGCGAGCUUCAGAGUGCUGUCCCUCGAGAUGUAGAAGAUGUUCCCGCUGCCAUGGAGUGAGGACAGCAGUUGCCUGGCCUAGUCCCCUCUUGGUGACUAAAGAUGGCACUAUUUAUGGCUAAGGACGCCAGAUGGAAGAGAACAGGGCACGGGUGUUUGUUGCUCCCAGUCCUGGGCAGGGAAGACUGAGACCUCUGGGUUCCCCUUACAUUCUGAGCCUUCCUCCCUGCUCACUCAGCGGCGGGGGGAGGGGGGGUGUCAGUGUGGCCCACACAGCACUGGAACGCGGGUACAAACAAACGCAGGUAUUUAUUGAAA